UGGCAUAUCCGCGUUGGCCUGGAGAUUGGGCGGUGACGGGAUCCACUCAUCUAAAUUUUGUGCCAUUAGCUUCCCUUUUCCUCCAUUUCCAAAAAGAGGAGAGCUUCUCGAAACACCACUGAGAAUUUUAGGGCGCCCCCAAAAAGUCAUUUCCCUCAAUAUUUCUUGCCUUAAUCUCACUCAUAGAGAUCGAAAGGGAGGGAUGGAUUUUGGUUCACCCGAUAAGAGUUUAGAAGAGACCAGCAAAGAGGAAGGGCCUCCAUAUAUUGGAGAGCUAGACCUUAACUUACUUGGCAACAAGGAUGAAAAGGGUGGAAAGAGUUUUCAAGAUGAAACUGAAGCAUUGGAUGAUAACAUGCAAGGUCAUGCAUAUCAGGAGCAAGCUGGAUCACCUCUUUUACCUGGUAAUUCAGCUGUUCUAUCAUCUUCCUCAAAGAAAGCUGAAGAAUCUUGCUUGCCAAUUGAGCCAGAUAUGCAAGAUGACAACAUGGAGAGGAAAAUUUCAGACUAUACUGAUGAGGGAUUGAUGUCCACAGUUGAGGAUUAUGAAAACCAUGAUAAAAUGCAAGGGGCUGACCAUGUCGAUAUUUCAGGUGAACAGCUUGAUACCAGUGUUAAUAAACUAUCAAAUGAACCGGAACGUAGAGAUUCUUAUCCAUGCUUUGAUAAGCCUGUUUUAUCAGCUGAUCAAAAUGAUAAUUCUUAUGAAGAAGUAGAUAAUGGAACCUAUGACUAUCAAAGUGCAAAGUCACCAUCUUUGAUUGCCACAGAGAAUGGAGAUGUUGGAAACAUAUCGGGGGAUUCUCAAUCUGGAAAGUUUGAGCUUAGCAAUGAGGAGAUGGAUCAUGAGAACUUUAGUCAUGAUACUAAAAUGAAGGAAGGCGACUACCCUGAGGAGAUGGUAGCUUCCGAUAAUAGCGGGAUGGUAAGAGAGUGCUCUGGUCUGCAUUCUCCAAAAAUGCGAAAUGGUACAUCAUCACCAGAGAGAAAUCUGUCUGAUUCUAUGGAAAGGUCUCCCUACAGCAAGCCAUCAGCAAGGCAAGAGCCUCUCCCUCCUAAAAAUAACGACAAGAAAUCAACUCCUUCUCCAAGUCCAUCUAAAAGGAAACAUUCACCUUCUCCAGAAAAGCAUGGUGUGGGUCCCAAGAGAGCUUCUUCACAUGAUUGUCUAUCUCCACCUGUAAGACAGAGAUCUCCUCCAGGAAGGCCAGCACGACGAGAUUCUCAUCACAGAGAUGAUUCUCCGAGAAAACGCUUGUCUGUGUCACCUCGAAGGCGAGAUUCACAGCGAAGGAGGGAUAGGUCUGCAUCUCGAUCGCCUGUGAGGAGGAGGGAUUCUUCUCGAUCCAGAAGAGACCACCAUGGUAAAUCUCGAUCAAGGUCUCCCUAUGCAAGGGAUCGUUAUCAAAGAUCACCAAGGAGAAGGCAUUCUCCAAGGCGCAGAUCUCCUCCACCAAGUUAUUAUUCUCGUCGUCGCUCUCCAAAGAGGCCUUGGUCGCCACCUCCAAACCGCAACACUGGAAUUGGCAGGCCUGGAAGGAAUUUAUUUGUUGCAGGUUUCAGCUAUGUCACUACUGAGAGAGAUUUGGAGAAGAAAUUCUCAAGGUUUGGACGCGUAACAGAUGUUCGGAUAGUUCGGGAUAAAAGAUCAGGGGAUUCUCGUGGCUUUGGAUUUUUGUCCUUGGAAAGGGAUGAGGAUGCUGAUGCUGCAAUACGUGCUCUUGAUCAGACAGAGUGGAAUGGUAGAAUUGUUCUGGUGGAGAAAUCAAAGACAUCUGCUCGUUAAACCUUCCAUCUUGGAUUUUACCAUACUUGGAGAGAGAGGGAGAUAGCUGUUUGUCAGCUCUAUGUCAUACCAAUAUUCCUUUCAGCCAUAUGACAUUGAUUGUAAGGAUACGGCAAGUAUUACUUGAAACUAGACUCUUGAUGCUGUAUAAGGUCUAUCUUUGCUUGAUUAAUAUAGACUAAUUUCGACAGAUUUCAAAUAAUCUUGGUUGUUUUGCGUAUCUGUUUACAAAAGUGAAUUAUGUGUAUAAAUGAGGGCACUUGUUUCCUUCAGAUGGUAGCUCAUGUAAAAUCUUCUUUCAGGGUUCAGCAGCAGUUAGAAAUGAAAGUUAUUGUACCUUUCUUGUUUGUCUGGGAACCUCUUCCUUAAACAGUACCAUGCAUUACAAACAUUGUACAUGAUUUGAACUGCCAACUCGAAACAGAUUAUCGUGGGGCAUCCUGCUUCUAUAAUAUAAUAUCCAGUGCUUCUGUCAUCACUUGCGUGAAUUGGCUUGAAGAGUGUAUUGGUGAAGACAUACAUUUUUGCAGCAUGAAUUUCUAAUCAAUAUUUAUGUGACUCAUCCUAUGUUUUAGUAGAUAUUUCUUUUGUUCUUCAGGUUAUGUUUAAAUUAGUCAAGUCAAGCUUGGUGUCUUGUACCCUUCUUUGUUUUGGGCACACAAAUGCACCCCAAAUGUUUUAUCUCAACCAUGGUGUCUUCCCCCACCUGACCGUGGUCAAGUUUGUGUGCACUUUCGGUUCCCUAGCAUGGUUUCUGAAGCUUGCCUGCAUGAAACAUCAGCUAACUCAGUUAUCCGAGCUUAUGGUGAAGAUAUGCUUUUCUGCAUCUUGAUUCUUUAACAUCUAUUGGUUUUUGUAAGCACAUCACAUAUUUUGGAGAUUUUCUUUUGCUGCAGGGUUGUACUCGUACAUAACAAUACCAUAUUAUCAAGCCUGAUGACCCGAACCUUACUUUUGUUCAAGCACCGUUAUCAUCUCGAAAUAUCAGUAUUAUGUAGUACCAGUCAUGGUUUCAAAACCAAGCAUUGUGGAGAUAAGUUACCAUUUUAAUCUGGAUAGCUAAUCUUGUAAACUGGCAUGAGAAUGUGUCAGUUGGUUGAGCAGUGCUUGGUCCAAACAUUUUUUAGGAUCUUAAGCCCAACAAGUAUAUCUUCUGAGGGUUUCUUUAGAAUGGAACGGUACCUUGUAGAGCUUGGCAGAGCUAAACUCAUUUUAAGAGAUAAUUUCUGAUAUUCAUGG